GCAGAGCAAGACAACAUGUUCGAUGAGACGGCAGAUGAGGAUGCCAUCCGAAAGGCUGCGACGGGGCAAGCAAAUGCGAUCAGCCAGACCGGUGCCUCUGCCGAUGAUUGGGACGACUCGGAAGGGUACUACAAGGCAAAGAUCGGAGAAGUCAUGAUGGAGCGGUAUGAAGUCACUGAG